UGAGCUGCAAACCUGCUCGAUUUCUUCGUCUUGUGAGGCUAAGACAUGAAUACCGUGCUCUACGUCCACAGAGGAGUGUAUAAAAUAUAGAAGAUGCUCGAGGGAUUCAGAAUCGAUCCGGUGGACCAAAACCAAGACUUCGAGCAUGAUGAGUCUUGUAACUCUUCAGAGUCCGAAUACACAUGCUCAGACUGGGAAUGCAGCCAGUGCUUCCAAUACUCUUCAGAUUCAGAAAAUGAACACUCAGACUUCGAGCAUAGCGAGUGUUCCUACUCUGCAGAUCCUGAAAUUCCAACAGACGAGGACGACGAUAUACCCCCGAAGUCCAUGGAUGGAGAUCUCCACCCCUGUUACUGCUGUCGAGCACCUAACAGCGACGGAAGCCCCUUGAGUGACAACUCUGUUCACAUUUCUAUCAUAUUCUUGAUUAUCGUCUGUGUGUUGGAACUCGUCAGUUAUGUCACGCGCUUUGUAUCCAGUUGGGACAUACCCGGACGGUCCACAGACAGACGCUGAUGGAAGGGAAACUCCAGUCGGUAGUUACAUAGGUAGUUGAGGAGGGUUUUAUAUCAGGGUUAUGGAGGUCCUUUAUGUACAUGCCUUGCUCUUCGUCUAGAUAGCUGUAGUUGCUUCUUAUUUUGACUGAUUAGAACGCACGCAAUCCGAUAUCUGAAAUCCUUGGUGGAUAAGAUGGAGGCUCUAUUCUUCUUAUAGAACAUCUACUAGAGUUGUGACUCUUAAUAUUCUAGAC